AUGGAAAACAACAAUGGCCACUGUGGUAUCCAUUGUGCUACCAUUGUUCGCUACCGUGAAUGCCAAAGGAACAAUGCUGCCAACGGCAGCAAUCGCUUUCUCAAUGCCGUCGUGGAGGAGUCUCAUCCUUCGGUGACUUUUUACUAUGCUGCUUACGGCUGCCAUCGAAGCUUGCACUGUGUCAAGGAAGUGCUGGUCCAACUUGACCUCACUGUUAUCGGAGUCCUUCACUCGAUGUACGCUGCUUCUGUCGUUGCUGCCACUCGUCAUCACCAAGCUCCAACUCCACCACCACCACCACUACCACCACGAGCGGCCAUAGAUGAGGAAAACCUCAAUAACAGAAAAGUGGAACAAGAGCCGCCGAAAAAGAAAAGGAGGAGGGUGAGGUUUUCGGAUGUGCAGAUUAUGGAGAUGGUGAAGUACGCGACGGUGGAGCUGGAGUGGAGCCUUGGGGGACAUAAUGAGGAUUAUCAUGGAGAAUUUUGUGAGGUGAUCAAAAUCACUCCUUGGAGUUUCAAGGUUUGGAUGAAAAACAACAAGAACAAGUACUUGGAAUCUGAAGAAUCCUCGACAAAUGAUCACAAUGGCGGAUCCGUUGUCUGA